AUGCAUCUCUAUUUGGCAUUAAUACUGCAGGCCUUGUGGACUGGUUUUUGCCAAGCCGCCAUGCAGCACUACCCUGCAGCAUGGGGCCACUAUGACGUUUGCAAAUCCCAGAUCUACUCAGAUGAAGGACUAACCUGGGACUACAUGGCCUGCCAGCCAGAGGCAGCAGACAUGACCCAAUACCUGAAGGUUACACUUGAUCCACCGAACAUCACUUGUGGGAAUCCUCCUGAGACAUAUUGCGCACUGGAAAACCCCUACAUGUGUAAUAAUGAAUGUGACGCCAGCACUGAGGAACUCGCCCACCCUCCGCAACUCAUGUUUGACAUCGAGGGCCGCAAUCCGACAACCUUCUGGCAGUCGACGUCCUGGAAAAGGUAUCCGAAGGCCCUCCUGGUCAACAUCACGCUGUCUUGGAACAAGACCAUUGAGCUGACCGAUGACAUCGUCCUAACCUUUGAGUCAGGCCGGCCGGAACAAAUGGUUCUAGAAAAGUCGCUGGACUAUGGACGUACCUGGCAACCAUAUCAAUUCUAUGCCACUGACUGCCUGGAUGCCUUUACCAUGGAGCCCAAGACAGUGCAGGAUCUGACCCAGCAUACUCUGCUGGACAUAAUCUGCACUGAGGACUACUCUCGAGGUUAUGUGUGGAAGUAUGAUAAAACGGUUCGCUUUGAGAUCAAGGAUCGUUUUGCACUGUUCGCUGGGCCUCGACUCCACAACAUGGCUUCGCUUUACGGCCAACUGGACACCACCAAGAAUCUGAGAGACUUUUUCACCAUCACAGACCUGAGAAUCCGACUCCUACGUCCUGCCACUGGAGCUACAAUGGUGGAUGAAAACAACCUGUCUAGAUACUUUUACGCCAUUUCUGACAUAAAGGUCCAGGGCAGGUGCAAGUGCAACCUUCACGCCAACAGCUGCGUGUUUGACAAAGAGAAGCUUAGCUGCGAGUGCGAGCACAACACCACCGGGCCCGAUUGCGGCCGCUGUAAGAGGAACUACCAAGGUAGAGCGUGGAGUGCCGGCUCCUACUUACCGAUCCCGAAAGGCACUGCAAAUAUAUGUAUCCCUAAUAACAUUGGUCCAGUUAACUGCGAAUGCUUCGGCCACUCCAACCGUUGCAGCUACAUCGAGCUGCUAAACACGGUCAUUUGCGUGAGCUGUAAGCACAACACUAGGGGGCAGCACUGCCAGCUAUGCAAGCUGGGCUUCUAUCGCAAUGCUUCCGCAGAACUGGAUGAUGAAAAUGUGUGCAUAGAGUGUAAUUGUAAUCCCUUUGGCUCAGUCAGUGAUCGCUGUAAUGGCACAGGAUAUUGUAUAUGUAAGGAGGGCACUACGGGGCCUAAGUGUCGCAAGUGUCUGCCCGGAUAUAGUUGGGAAGAUGGCUGCAAAUCUCGGGUGUGCGACAACGAGCUCAUGCGCUGCCAAAACGGGGGCGUGUGCAUCAGCAACGUCCGCUGCAACUGCCCCGCAGCCUACACGGGCCUGCUGUGUGAGAAGCCGCGCUGCGAAUCGGAGCUGGGAGGUUGUCGAGGAGCCAGUUCGGGCCGCGCUCCCUUGAGGCCUCCUUCCUCCUCCUGGCUGCUGCUUCUGUUACUUCUGGGCUCGUCCCUUCUUUAA